GUCGCCCUUACCUUUUUUUCUCCCCUUUAAUUUCUCUUUCUUUUUCUCCUCCCUUCUCUUCUACUAUUUAAACCAUCCCCUACAAUCUCCCCUUCCCGAAUUGACCAUCAUUGAGAGUCAGUACCCUCUCUUAAACCUCCUACGAUCCGGAUCUAUCAUGUCUGCUUCGUGUUCGGCGUUGAGACGGCUGACCCACCGGUCCCCCCGCACUUUCCAGUCCCGCAUCUCCUCCGUCUCCAGAAUCUCAUCUGCCACAUCCUCCCUUUCUUCCCUUAACACUUUUCGUGCAGUCAAUUCGGCCGUUCCUCGAGCCUCUCGUUUCUCAACCAUGGCACCUCUUCAGUCUGGCUCUCAGGAUGGCGCCCUCCAGAAGCCCUACGAUCCCGAAAUCCAGGACAUGGCCAACUACAUUCACAACUACGAGGUCAACUCCGACUUGGCUUAUGAUACUGCCCGCCUUGUUUUCCUCGAUACCCUAGGCUGUGGAUUGGAAGCCUUGAAAUUCAAAGAGUGCACCAAGCUUUUGGGUCCUGUUGUGGAGGGAACCGUUGUUCCCAACGGAACCCGUGUGCCCGGUACACCGUACCAGCUUGACCCUGUCAAUGGUGCGUUCAACAUUGGUGCGAUGAUCCGCUGGCUGGAUUACAAUGACUGCUGGCUGGCCGCCGAAUGGGGUCACCCUUCGGACAACUUGGGCGGUAUCCUCGCCGUGGCUGAUUGGAUCUCCCGGACCAACCGCGCUGGCGGCAACAUUGCGGGUGGUAAGAUCGUGAAGGUCAAGGAAGUGCUGGAGGCCAUGAUUAAGGCCCAUGAGAUUCAAGGUGUGCUGGCACUGGAGAACUCUUACAACAAGGUUGGACUGGACCACGUUGUUCUGGUCAAGGUCGCGACGACCGCUGUGGUUGCCAAGAUGCUCGGCCUCAGUGAGAAACAGACUGCGGAUGCCAUCUCCCAGGCGUUCGUCGACGGUCAGAGUCUUCGGACUUACAGACACUCCCCCAACACCAUGUCAAGAAAGUCCUGGGCUGCCGGUGACGCAUGCCAGCGCGCUGUUAACCUCGUGCUUAAGGUGCAGAAGGGUGAGGGUGGAUUGCACACUGUUCUUUCCGCCCCUGUCUGGGGUUUCUACGAUGUGUUGUUCAAGGGCAACAAGUUCAAGUUCCAGCGCCCCUAUGGCAGCUACGUCAUGGAGAACGUCCUUUUCAAGGUCUCCUAUCCUGCCGAAUUCCACUCUCAGACAGCGAUCGAAGCUGCCGAGCACAUCAACAAGAAGCUCGCGGCUAUGGGCAAGAGCGCCAAGGAUAUCAAGGAAAUCACCAACCGCACCCACGAAGCUUGCAUUCGCAUCAUUGACAAGCAGUUCAAGGCGAUGGACAACUUCGCGGACCGUGACCACUGCGUCCAGUACAUGGUUGCCACCAUGCUAGCAUUCAACCGUCUCACCGCCACUGACUACGCCGAUGGCUCGGAGGCAGCCACCUCCCCUCUCGUUGAGGAUCUCCGUAAGCGCAUUCGCUGCGUUGAAGAUACUCAGUUCACCACGGACUACCACGACCCAGCCAAGCGUACCAUCCCCAAUGCCCUCACCGUCACUCUGAAUGACGGUACCGUGCUUGAGGAGGUCGUUGUCGAGGCUCCUCUGGGCCACCGUUUGCGCCGCGAAGAGGCCAAGCCCGAGAUCCUGGCCAAGUACAAGCGUCACUUGCAGGCUCACUUCGACCAGGCUCGCAUCGACGAGCUGCUCGACUUGGGCUUGAACAAGUCUGCCCUUGAGGGUUACGAUGUGGACAAGUAUGUCGACUUGUAUGUCAAGGACAAGAUGGUCGCGUCUGCAUAGAUGAAGCAGAGCCAGUGAAACUAAAAUAAUGUGUAUCUAUCGCGAUGUUAUGGGACUCAUGUGAUAUGCUGCCUUCAGUUAAGUCGAUUGACGGCGUAUAUAUUGGCAAGAGGGUGUUUAUUCCAAAUUAGACAAUCGGACUGCUUUUUCCUUUGGUUUAGACGAAUGUGCCCAUUAAAUUGGUUAGAGAUGAGACUCGAAAGUCGGACGACGGUCAUAGAGCUUUUUAAUGGUGCUCCAUGAACAUAAAGGUCUCGCCUGGUUCGAUUCUGGAUAAUAUCCGAGUUCUGGUAGGGAUUCGUCCCAUUCGAUACCUACCAUGAAGACCAAGCCUAAAAAUAUGUAAUUCGAACGUCUACACCCAUUUCAAUCGGCUUAAUUAUUGCGCCUAAUGACUCCAAAUGACGAAAGUCACAUAGUUAAUCACGACAUAGCAACGGUGAACAACGAACUAGUUAUUGUAUCUAGAAUGACU